AUGGUGGAUGUCGAGUGGCAACUCAUCAGCCAAGGCGCUGAGGCGAAAGUCUUCGAGACGGACUUCGCUGGCCGCGCCUGUGUCGUCAAAGAGCGUGUCAAGAAGAGCUAUCGGCUGCCUGUACUGGAUAAGAAGCUGUCACAUCGUCGCCUAGUGCAGGAGGCUCGCUGUAUUCUCAAGUGCCGUCGUGCUGGAGUUCUCACGCCUGUUAUCUUCCUGGUGGAUGAAGACAACAGCCGCCUCUACCUGGAAAAGGUGGAAGGAGGCAGUCUAAAGGACUAUCUGCGACGGGCAUAUACGCUUGACCCGAAGUAUGGCGACAAGGCACUGAAGAAAGCUUAUCACAUCGGUGAAGCCAUCGCCAAGAUGCAUGAUGCCGAUAUUGUGCACGGAGAUCUGACGACGUCCAACAUGAUGCUGAGUAGCGACGAAGCUACGGAUGUUACGAUGAUCGAUUUCGGUCUGGCCAACUCGCAGCCGCUGCCGGAGGACAAGGCCGUCGACCUCUACGUGAUGGAGCGCGCGUUUGCCAGCACCCAUGUUAACUCGGAACUCCUGGUUGAGGAGGUCUUGCGUGCCUACAGGGCAAAAUCUCGCCGCUCCGAUGCGAUCUUCCAGAAGCUUUCUCAAGUGCGUCUUCGCGGGCGCAAGCGCACCAUGGUGGGAUAA